AUGUCUUCCUUCACCCUUUCCGCCGCGCCCAACACUGACAUCUGGAAGAAGCCGCCUUCCCACAACGUCUACGAUGCUCCCACAAAGACAGUCCCGGCCAAACCCCUCAGCCAAUUCAAGUCCGCAAAAGUCACAUUCUCCGCAGACUGGUCUGAACUGUACGAUCAAGCAGGCCUCAUCAUCACCUUUGACUCCAACUCCGGCCGCGAGAAGAGGUGGAUCAAGACUGGCUUGGAGUACUACCAGGGGACGCUACAACUCAGCACCGUCGCCUGCGAUCGUUGGGCCGACUGGAGCAUCACCCCUCUCGCCGCCUUUGAGGGCUCCAAAAGCACCACUGUACUCAUUGAGCAGGAGCGCGACUUCAUGGGCCCGAGUUUCUGGGUGUACUAUGUGAAACAGGACGGCACCAAGGUGCCGCUGCGUGAGAUUUGCUGGGUUUUUGGAGAUGAUGACUGUACUGGCAAGGACUGGAACUUGACUGUUGGCGCUUUGGUCGCUCGGCCUGCAAAGGAUGCGAAGAGCGAUCUUGAGGUUCAGUUCAAGGACUUUGACGUGCAGUGGUCUGAGUGA